GCCAUUUUGAACGUGCAGUGGCUGCGGGCUGCUGGAGGGUAGGGUCGUGCUGCUGGCUUGGCCAUCUCGCGGUUUUGUUUGGCUUUCUCCUUUCAAGUACCAUCUCCAUACAGAGGCACGGAGUCACAGACAUAUCUUUAGGGUUGGCUGUGGGCCUGAGGUGAAGCCCUCCGAUGAUGUUGAGGGGAAACCUGAAGCAAGUCCGAAUUGAGAAAAACCCAGCCCGCCUGCGCGCUCUUGAAUCGGCGGCCGGGGAGAGUGAGCCGGCGGCCGCCAUGGCACUCGUGCUGGCAGGGGAGACCGCGCCACCCACUCCUGCUGCCGCCGAGGAGCGCCCGGAUGAGGAGGUGGGCUUCACCAUCGACAUCAAGAGCUUCCUCAAGCCGGGCGAGAAGACGUACACGCAGCGCUGCCGCCUCUUCGUGGGCAACCUGCCUACCGAUAUCACGGAGGAGGACUUCAAGCGGCUCUUCGAGCGUUAUGGCGAGCCUAGCGAGGUCUUCAUCAACCGCGACCGUGGCUUCGGCUUCAUCCGCCUGGAAUCCAGAACGCUGGCUGAAAUUGCAAAAGCAGAGCUUGAUGGCACCAUUUUGAAGAGCAGACCUCUCCGAAUUCGUUUUGCUACACAUGGAGCAGCUCUAACUGUCAAGAACCUUUCUCCAGUUGUUUCCAAUGAGCUUCUAGAGCAAGCAUUUUCCCAAUUUGGUCCAGUAGAGAAAGCUGUUGUGGUUGUGGAUGAUCGUGGUAGAGCUACAGGAAAAGGUUUUGUAGAAUUUGCGGCGAAACCUCCUGCACGAAAGGCUCUGGAAAGAUGUGGUGAUGGAGCGUUCUUGCUAACAACGACCCCGCGGCCAGUCAUUGUGGAGCCAAUGGAGCAAUUUGAUGAUGAAGAUGGCUUGCCAGAGAAACUAAUGCAGAAAACUCAACAAUAUCAUAAGGAACGAGAACAGCCACCACGUUUUGCUCAGCCUGGUACGUUUGAAUUUGAGUAUGCAUCUCGAUGGAAGGCUCUUGAUGAAAUGGAGAAGCAGCAGCGUGAGCAGGUUGACAGAAACAUCAGAGAAGCCAAAGAGAAGCUGGAGGCAGAAAUGGAAGCCGCCAGGCACGAGCACCAGUUAAUGCUGAUGAGGCAAGAUCUCAUGAGGCGUCAAGAAGAACUCAGACGCCUGGAAGAACUCAGGAACCAAGAGCUGCAAAAACGAAAGCAAAUACAACUGAGACAUGAAGAAGAGCAUCGUCGUCGUGAGGAAGAAAUGAUACGACACAGAGAACAGGAGGAACUGAGGCGACAGCAAGAAGGCUUUAAGCCAAAUUAUAUGGAAAAUAGAGAACAGGAAAUGAGAAUGGGUGAUAUGGGUCCCCGUGGAGCAAUAAACAUGGGAGAUGCGUUUAGCCCAGCACCUGCUGGUAACCAAGGUCCUCCUCCAAUGAUGGGUAUGAAUAUGAACAACAGAGGAACUAUACCUGGCCCACCAAUGGGUCCUGGUCCUGCCAUGGGACCAGAAGGAGCAGCAAAUAUGGGAACUCCAAUGAUGCCAGAUAAUGGAGCAGUGCCCAAUGAUAGAUUUCCGCAAGGACCACCAUCUCAGAUGGGAUCACCUAUGGGUAGUAGAACAGGUUCUGAAACCCCUCAAGCACCCAUUAGUGGUGUAGGUCCUGUUAGUGGUGGUCCUGGUGGUUUUGGUAGAGGAAGCCAAGGGGGCAAUUUCGAAGGCCCUAAUAAGCGUCGUAGAUAUUAAACAUUUCUAAAUCAUAACUAGAGAAAAAAAUUCAGUGGUAUGCCUUUACACUUUAACCUGUUACCUUGGAAGAAAUGGUUUUAUUGUUAAUGUAUGUAGAAUUUAAAGUAUUUCUUUUGUAAAACUUAAGGUUUUUGUAUUUUUCUUUAUUCAUGAGCUUUGUAGAUUAGAAUGGCAAUGCUUAUGCCCAUCAUUGUGAAUGUUAAAAUGUGUUUGUGACCUUAGAUAAAUAAAUAUGCCAUAGUACUGUGAAAUCUAUGUAGUUAACUUCAAUAAAGAAAUAAUUUUGAAUAAUUUACAAAUGUUACUAGUGGUAUUCUCUUACAGUUUUAAUAAACUUUGCUGUAUCAAUAGUACUUGAGUUGUUUUAACUAAUCCCAGCCAUUUAAAAAUGAAAAUAGACUUUCUGCUUUUUAGUUUGUCCAAGUAGCACUGAAGAUAGCGUAGUGAAAGCUAAUGUCAGUAAGCCUUGGGCCUGGGAGUUUACAUCUGUUUAAACCAUUAAUGUUCUGUGAAACGAGAGUUGCUGUCAAAUUUCAAAUAGAUUCUGAAUAUUCAGAUAUUCUGAGAGGAAUAUUAAGGAUAUCUAUGUCCUGUGCUGAUUUUUUUUCAAAUAAAUCUUUCAAUCUUGGAAAAAAAACAAACUGUUUGAAGGCAAAUCUCUUGCUUAUGAAAUAGUGUCUAUUUUUAAUAUUAUCUGCCAUUUAUUUGGUGUCAAUAUCUAAAUCUUACCUUUUAAGUUUCUUUAAAAUCAAACGAUACUGUUAGAUUGGGUGUUAAGUGAGAAUUUGCUGUGAUGUAGAAGAAAUUAGACAUUUCUUGAGAAGGUUGGUUUCUAGAAGUAUUAAAGAUGGCUUGACUCUGCAGUGUUGCCAGUAUUUUCCAAUAGUUGGUAAGUCCUCUAGUAAAACUUGUCUGACAGGCUAGCUUUGUUUGUCUCCAAGGAAUACAAGUUCAAGAGGUGAUUUCAAAAAAUGGUAUUAACUUGAGAAUGACUAGGGUUAUUGGAAUCAUAUUACAUCGUAAUUCUACUAUCGAGUAUGUAUUUUGAAAUGUGAUUUUCAGUACUGGGAAGAGACAGAUUUUAUGACAUUAUAAAUUUUAUUCCAAAACAAAGUCCUUUCAAUAUUUACAAUUUUGGUUGUUAGCCAUGUUUAAUUUAAAAUUAUAUUUAAAGGAAUUAAAUAUCUAAACUAUAAAUCUAACAUCAGACAUUGAUCACAGCAUAGUUAUUGCUCAUAGAAUGUUUCAGUGUUACUAUAUCAUGCUUUUAGCAUUUUUUUGAAGAAUAAUGUGCUAUUUUAAAAUGAACAGUAUGGAAAUAUCAUUAUUUGUGAAUGGCUUCUAUUUUUGCUGAAAGGCAUACUUUGGGAAGAAAUCAGUUUGUUUAAUAAUUUAAAAUCUUGCAUAAAACCAGUUGUGUGUAAAGUGUAAUUGGGAUGACUUCUUUUGUACCAGUUUAAUUUUCCUUACGUAUUAUUUCAUGGUUUGGUUUGUUUUUUUAAAGAUAUAACAGUAUGGAUGGAAUUAUUUUCUAAAAUUUACAUCGUUUAUAGGCUUUUGUUUUUGGCAGUCAUGGAGAUUGUAAAUUAGUAGUCAAAGACUUUCUCAUUGCAUGUUCUAUAAGUAUGAAUUAGCAGGGAGUGGGGGUUGUUUUAAUUUGGACUUUAAUUACAGUACAAGGAAUUUUAACAUUAGCUAUAAUUUUUAAGUACUAUCUAGUGCACCUGAAUAUACCUUCCCCAUCAUCUAUAUUUUUGUUCACAUAAUUCUUAAGUAAUUUUUAGCUUUGUGUUUUGCUUCAAAGCUGGAUUGAAAUUGGGAGGAACUUUAUCCUUUAAUGUCAGUACCAAGCUAUGUUUGGCCAAGGCUAUGGAAUUCUGUUAAGAUUCAUUCAAGAACUUUUGCAAGCCAGUGCACAAAGAUGUGCUAAUCUGCUGAACAUUCUAGUGUCCAACUCAGCUCUGGCUCCAGGAAAAGAGUUCUACACAGCUUUUCCCCUGCAUCAAGAAAAUCUUUGUUCCAGUACUUACCAAGUUUACCCUGGGAACAGUCAGCUUCUGGGAGACAGUCAAAUGGAGCAUCUGUGAACUUAUAGCUGUUCAGUUUUUAGUGUUAACAUAGCACUAAACACCUCUGUGGCUGGUUCAGUCGAUAUUUUUUUCUUGUGAAUUAGUAUACUAAGGAAUAUAUUUGAAUGUCAUUUGCUUAAAAGUGGUAGAUACAAAAAUAAAAAAUUUAGCUUUCCUAUGUAAGUGUAAGUUUGUCAUAUAUGCUACCAUAGUUCUUUCCAUGAAAAGGUAAUGAAACGAUUUUAGUAUAAUACCACAAUAUUAUGUUUCUUAUUGUGACAUGAUUUGAAACACUGAGUUGAAAGUCUACAGGAUUUAGGUUUCAUAUGCUAUUAAUAUGUAAUUAACAUGCAUAAAAUAAAGGAACAUUCUUUUUCUAAUUAUUUUAUUUUAGCAGUGUACUUUGUCAGAA